AUGGCAGCCGCACCAGGCUUGCCAGCCGAGCAGCAGCAGCAGCAGGACUCGGCGCCGGUGGUAGACGCCGUCGACGAAGCCUUAAUUUCGACUGAAGAACAGCGUACGGCGUCGAAACCUGAGACCGGUGAGCUGCUGAACCGCGUGGCCGCAGAGGUCAGCCAGGCUUUCCAGACGUCCCUUGUCCAGGUCCUGUCGGACAUUGGCCGCGAAUAUGGCGUCGCGUCCAGUCCUGUCAAGUUUGCGAGGAUGGAGAAAGGCGACGCCGCUGUUGCACCAGGCGACGAGCAGCUGCUCGGGAAGCCAGGGCGCGACGACGUCCACCGCCUCUCGCAUGAGCUCCAGCUCUCGCGGCUUCAAGUGCGACAACUGCAGCAAGUUGUGGACGAACUGCACGACGAGCAGCGAGUUUCGCAGCAGAAAUUGGCGUUCUAUAGCGCGCUCUCGACGAAACUCAAACGCGACCUUAUCGACGAACGGCUGGCGCUCGUCGACGCCAAUAACGAGAUAAAGGAACUGCGACGGCGGCGCAGCAGAGACGACGCCAGUUCGGGUGGCGGAGGAUGUGCUCGGUCCCCACGUUCUCCACAUGUGGCCCAGGAGCCAAGUGAGAACCCGUGGACGGCAUCCAACGAGUCGAUUGUCGGUCCUGCCAGCGGUGCCAGUGGAUCAAGCGCGACCGCUGGUGCUACGGGAGGGUCGAGUCUUAUGGCUUUCGACUUUUAUCCGUCAGAGUCGUCUAGAGGUGCAGGUGAUCAUGAAGGCAUCGCGGACGACGACGAGCCUCCCUCGCCUUCUUCGACCACACAGACGCUUCGGAAUACUCUUAUGGAUCAGUUUUUGCCGUCUGCAUUGCUGGAUUCACCUCAAGUGACGCCAAGACACGCCAAAGCAUUUGCCGACGACACGCUCGACGAGGAGAAAGCAUUGCCAUUUUUUUCACAAGGUGCGGACGAUUUGAAAUCGCCAUCGCUUCCGGUACCACCUCCACUACCAGGGGCUUCAUUGACUAGUGCGACUGCUAAGCAUCAAGGUCUGAAAGACGGUGAAGGAGAUGGACUACCUGAGACAAGCCACGAUAGUAGUGGCAGGGUGUCGGUACCGUCAGCAGUAGCAUCUGUGAAGCUGUCAAUGCUGUCGGAGGUUUUCGACGCUAUUCCGAUCAAAGAAUUGGAGAUGAUUCUGCGACGCUUUGACGACCAGGAAUUGGCAGCCAUGGACUACAUUUUGAGCACCCACCCGAGUGUGAAUCCAGUGAGUGGAGCCCGACGAACUGCUGAGAGUGGUAGCAACUUGGCAUCGAUGACGUCGACUCCGCCGUCUCGGUCAUCAAACGUUGGUCACAGCAAGACGAGCGCGCAUCGGAGUGGUAGCCAGGUCGGACUGAUUGAACCUCCACCGGGAUCUGCGAACAACUGGAAGACAGAGAUUUGCAUGUAUUAUAUGCAAGGAAAAUGCAACAAGACGAGACGCACGUGUUCAUUUGCGCACGGUGAGAGUGACCUGGUGCGUCCCGGUGGAUCGAGCAGUAGCGCUGCUAGUAGCAAGCACGUACCCGGCUACAAGACUCGGAUAUGUCAAGCUUACGAAAAUGGCACGUGCCCAAAACCUCGUCGCGACUGUCUGAUGGCUCACGGAGUGAACGAUCUCCGCGAUGGAGGCUCUGGAAGCGGCGGUAGUGGAGGCAGUCAGACGAUCCUGCCUUCCGCCACGCCACGAUUGCAGAGCUACAAGACAGAGCUAUGCUACUACUUUUUGAAAGGCAACUGCAACUACUCGAAAGAGGAGUGUCGUUUUGCACACGGUCAGAAUGACCUACGAACGGUGGAGGGCAACACGGCACAGAUGGCCGCUGCAGCUAGUGGCUCUGGUUUCGGUGUCGACUUUGGCCCGAGCUCACCCGUUCCACCGCCUCCGCCGGUCUCGAUGGAAAAACAGCUGCAGCUCCAGUAUCAAUAUCAGCAACAGUAUCAGCAGCAGCAUCAUCAGCCGCCACCAGCAGCCCCUUUCCAGCUGCAACCUCCUCCUGCCCAGCAACCGGGUUUUGUGCCUCAACACCAGAUUCAGUUGCAGCAGUCGUCACGAGGAGGAGCCGGACAGCACCCGUUUGGUUUCCAGCACCAGCCGUAUGACCCGGCUCAACAUCACCAGCAGUACAUGCCACACCCUGGCCAGUACCGUUACUUGAAAACGGUGGAGGACAAGCGCUCGACAUUGGGUGGACGUCUCCCACGACGGGACUCUGGGUCAUCCUGGAGCAGUUUUGAUGCAACGGGACUACCACCGUCGGAGUACUGA